AACAUAAGGGCAAAGCCCCGUGAAUUUCUUCGAAGUUGGGGGUAUUACUACAAAAUCUGCAUAUUUAUAUAUCAUUCGUCAUUCCAUAGUCUUCACUCGCUCUUUGGUCAAAACGGCAAAUUUGGUGAGAGGGGGGAAUUCUCGGUCUUCUCUCUCUUUUCUAAGGAAAUAAUGGCGUCAGAUCCGAAAGUUCACCUGUUUGAGGAGGUUGCCAAGCAUAACGAGGUUAAGGAUUGCUGGCUUAUUAUUAAUGGAAAGGUUUAUGAUGUGACUCCGUUCAUGGAUGACCAUCCUGGAGGUGAUGAAGUAUUGCUAGCAGCAGUAGGAAAAGACGCAACCAAUGACUUUGAAGAUGUUGGCCACAGUGAUUCUGCUAGGGAAAUGAUGGACAAAUACUACAUUGGGGAGAUAGACAUGGCAACGGUUCCCCUGAAACGAGCUUACGUCCCCCCAAAACAAGCAUCUUACAAUCCGGAUAAGACGCCUGAGUUUGUGAUUAAGAUUUUGCAGUUCCUUGUCCCUCUCUUGAUCUUGGGUUUGGCCUAUGGUGUCCGACACUACACCAAAGAGAAAUGAUCAAGUUGAACUGGGAUACACUUCAUUAUUGUUACUUUUUAGAAUUCCUCUUCACAGUUGUGAGAAAAAUCUCAGUUACUUGGGAAUAAGCUGAAUUUCAGAUGAAUUUCCUCUUUAGA